AUGUAUCAACAGCGUUUGGAUACCGACAAGUUCUCCUGGGACUUCUUAAAUGCGAGGUUGCACUUGUCGCCGCCACGUCAGUCGACAGCCCAUUCAGCAAUUUGCUGCCUCGGACGCAAGCCACCUCCCCGCCGCGACAGGGCUACCAAGAAGAGCUGUGUAGCGAUGCCACGCAUUGAGACGGAAGUCCGUUUGGACUUCAAGGACGUGCUCAUCCGCCCCAAGCGCUCCACGCUCAAGAGCCGCUCGCAGGUGGAUGUUCAACGCGAGAUCCGCUUCCUCAACUCGAAGCGCACGUGGUCCGGUGUGCCCGUGAUCGCAGCCAACAUGGACACUGUCGGCACCUUCGAGAUGGCUGUAGAGCUCGCCAAGCUCGAGUUCAUCACGUGUGUACAUAAGCACUACACGCCCCAAGAUUGGGCUACUUUUGCCGCCAAACACCCGGACGUGUUGCCUACUGUCGCUGUGAGCGGUGGCUCCAGCGCUGCGGACGUCGAGAAGAUAACGGCCAUCCUCAAGAGCCACCCAGACAUCCGCUUCAUCUGCUUGGACGUGGCCAAUGGCUACUCCGAGGUUUUCGUGCAGGCUGUGCGCAACGUACGCUCCGCUUUCCCAGAACACACGAUCAUUGCCGGCAACGUCGUGACUGGGGAGAUGGUAGAGGAGCUGCUGCUGUCCGGAGCCGACAUCAUCAAGGUCGGCAUCGGUCCGGGCUCUGUGUGCACGACACGCAAGCAAACUGGCGUGGGAUACCCGCAGUUGUCUGCCGUACUGGAGUGCGCUGAUGCUGCUCAUGGCCUCAAUGGCCACGUCAUCUCCGAUGGAGGCUGCACGUGUCCUGGGGACGUCGCGAAGGCGUUUGGGGCCGGCGCUGACUUCGUCAUGCUUGGAGGCAUGCUCGCUGGCCACGACGAGAGUGGAGGCGACAAAAUCGAGAUGAAUGGCAAGUUGUUCAAGAAAUUCUACGGGAUGAGCUCGUCUGAAGCCAUGAAGAAACACAAUGGCGGUGUGGCGGAGUACCGUGCCUCGGAAGGCAAGAGCGUGACGGUGCCGUAUCGUGGACCGGUUUCUGGAACGUGCAAGGAGAUAUUGGGCGGUGUGCGCUCGACUUGCACGUACGUCGGAGCCAGCAAACUGAAGGAAAUCAGCAAGCGCACGACUUUCAUCAGAGUGUCUCAGCAGCUCAACGAGGUCUUCGGUCGUGCUCCAAAUGAACAGGAGGAACAAGUGUCCAAAAAGCAGAAGACAGGUUAACCUAUCAAAUGAUACCCAGGACGCCGAUUUUUUUUUGCCUAGAAAUUUGCAAAUGCUACUGAAAAAAAACGUUGUAUCUUA